AUGGGGAUAGAGGGCCAAAGCGUUGCUCAGCAACCUCGCGUCGCCCAUCUGAGAAAUGGUGUUGUCACUUCCGGAGUGCCGCUUAUAUUUGCGCACGUAUUCUACCUUCUAGGGCAACAUCAUGUAACAAGUACUAAUGAGGAUGCUGCAAAGCUCAGUGAUCACACCCCUCCGGCCAUCUUUUGCGUGGCCAAGAUCCUCAGACUUUGGGAUGACUUGGGUAGUGCCAAGGAUGAAGCACAGGAAGGAUUGGAUGGAUCCUACAGGGACUUGUACUUGGAGAACCCUAGCUGCACCCCAGCCGACGCCGAAGAACACAUGCGGAGGCUGAUCAAGAGGGAGUGGGAGGAGCUCAACAGGGAGUGCUUCUCCAGGAGGACCUUCUCCACCAGCUUCGCACGAGCCUGCUUCAACGCCGCCAGGAUGGUCGGCGUCAUGUACUCGUACGACAAGGAGCAGAGGCUCCCAGUCCUGGAGGACUACAUGAGGAUGCUGCUGCUUUGAAACUUUUGUUUGCUCCAUCUCCAUGAGAACCCAUGCAUGUGACAUCAUGCAUGCGUGAUUUAUCUGCUCCUUAGUUUUCACCAGCAAUGUACUUACUGCUUAAUAGAAAUCACGUAAUUAUAUGGGUGAGGAAGUGAUGGUACGCUUAGGGUCAUUGUAUAUAUUUGCUUUCUUUUUUAUAGACUUUUUUGGGGCA